CAGAUCGAGAGUGAGGCUAACUCCACCUGCGUUCCCUCCUGACUUUCUAACAGACUUCAACAUCUCAAGCCUCUCUGGUCUGCUGUCUCCGGCGCUAACAGAAAGCCUGCUAAUUGCCUUGCCUCCAUGUCACCUCACGGGAGGUAACGCCACACUGAUGGUCCGGAGAGCCAACGACAGCAAAGUGGUUAAAUCAGCCUUUGUGGUGCCUCCAUGCCGCGGGCGCAGGGAGCUGGUGAGCGUGGUGGACAGUGGGGCUGGCUUCACCGUCACACGGCUCAGCGCCUAUCAGGUGACAGACCUAACACCAGGCACUAAAUACUAGUAGGUACCGGAUGGACACACGGGGAGAGGGAUGCAGAAAGAAGCUGGGGGUGCUGGUAAGCAUGAGGAAGAGAGGGCACCACUGAAGGAUAUGGAGUGUGGGCCUCCACCCCAGGAGGGUACAGCUGGGGGACAGAGCUAUGAAGGUGGGGGCCGGAGCCUCUCCUCCCAAGUGCCAGAUACGCACUGGGGAUCUCUGCUUUCUUCCAACUCCCACCUCGAAAGCAUUUCCUACCGAGUGCAGAAGGGGCGGUCCACCGAGUCCAGUCCAGAAACCCCAAUGUCCACGCUUCCUCGAAGGAACAUGGAGUCUAUCGGGUUAGGAAUGGCCCGGACGGGAGGCAUGGUGGUCAUCACAGUGUUGCUGUCUGUUGCCAUGUUCCUGUUGGUCGUGGGCCUCAUCAUUGCCCUGGCACUGGGUGCCCGAAAAUGAGAAAGGUUCUCCUGCAGCACAGACUCCCCCAAGAAGUCCAGCCUGCUUUUUCCCAGGAUCCAGUCACUGGUUUUUUUUAGAGUGUCCUCUUCCCUCUCCUUGCCUCUCCACUGAGUCCUUUCCUAACAUUGCUCUCCCUACUCAGCCUUCCAACACUCCCUGCCAUCCCCUCACUACAGUCCUGUGAGAGCCGAUUUUCCUCCUCCAGGUGCUUAGUUCUCACAAUAAAG